AUCUUGGAUGGCCUGAGGAUCAAAGUGAUGUGGUGCAACUAAAUGAUAUCACAAAGAGGACCCCCUCAGACCCUCAUAACUGUCUGUCAAGACAUGGCAUUGAGUCAUCUUAACCUCCUGCGACCAGUACUGUGCAGAUUUCUGCCCUCCGUUGUGAGGAGCCCGCUGUUGACUAGUUCAAGAGUCCCCUCUCUGCCCCACACGAGCUGUCCCGCGCUUCUACCGAAUUAUGUCCGUCAUUAUGCCACAAAAAAGAGUAAAGCAAAAGCAAAAGGGCAGACAGCUAAAGUGAACAUCAAUGCGGCAUUGGUGGAGGAUAUUAUCAGCCUGGAGGAGGUGAAGGAAGACAUGGCUGCUGUCCUGGCUACUCUAAAAGAAGACUUCAGCCGCAACCUCAGCAUUCGCACAUCACCAGGUCAGGACCUUCCAGUCCUUCCCUCCCUGCUCCUUGAUCCAGCUUGGUUCCUUGAGGCGAAUAUGGAAGUUAAGCAGCAAGUUUAUUAUGAAGGACAGGAGAAUCACCUUGGCCGAGGGAACAAGGUUGCGCAGUACAGGAUUAAUGUGGUGACCCGGUGUCUGGGCACACAACAUGAGGAUUACGGCCUGUCGAUAAAUCUGCCGUCAGAGGACAUUGCUUCACAGAGACAUUUGUAUUUUUCCAAACACCUCAUCGGUUCGGUGUUUCCAACAAAAGGCUCAAACAGCCAUCAUAUUGGUGGUUCUUCUGCAAGAAAGCGCAUGCAGGUUCUGAAAGAUCAAAGUGCAGCGCAGUGCGUCUCAGCUGUUCUCCGGCUUUUAGAAGUGUGGGAUAAAGUAAGCUCAGUCCCAUGGGAUCAGGCGCUGACAGCGCCCCACGGCGCUUCCUACACCACACACUCCACCCCUCUGCCCCGCUCUCUGGAGCUCCAUCAUGGGGAGAUGCUGCCCAGCUCCUCCUGGAUCAAAGAGCCCAGGGUUGGGUGUGUGUGUGUUUGUGCAAUGUGUCCUCAGGCCAUGGCAGCCGUCACCCGUGCCUUACAAGACAGCAGCAUGGGACUCAACCCUGAGGUGGAGGGCACCAUCAUCAGGGUGCCUGUUCCCAGGGUGACGCGCGAACACAGGGAGAAUCUGGUGAAACUGGCGAAGCAGUUCAGUAACAAGGCCAAGGAUUCGCUGAGGAAAGUACGGACCAAUGCUGUCACGCGAGUGAAGAAGUCCAAAGAGGGCGUCUCUGAAGAUACCAUUCACUUGAUAGAAAAACAGAUUCAACAAAUGGCAGACGGUUACGUGGCAGACAUUGACAAACAGCUGGCCACUAAAACCAAGGAGUUACUCGGAUGACAGUGAGGCCUUCCAGACUUUCAGAACGCCCCCGGUCCGUUUGUCUCGCUAUCAUCAGGUCAAAAACAGUCAGCUGUUCUUGUGACUGGAACAAAAAUCCCCCAAACAGAAAACAGUUAAUGAUCGUGGUGAUGGAAGCGGCGAAGGUGGUGUUUUGGAUGGUGUUUGGGUUUUUCUCAUGCAUAAACAAAUGUUGGCGUGGCACGCCAGUGGCUUAUGGUGCUUCUUGUGUUCACAUCUCCAAACAAACAAACGCAGGACAAAUGAAGUUUUAAUGUGAUUUGGGGUACUCCUCCUAAUCAAAGCAAUGCCACAAACGUGGUGUUUAUGUAAAAGGCACCGCACUGAAUGUAAACGCUGUGGUCUUUACAGGAGGCUGAAAGUCACACAGGAUGGAGGAUGAGAGCACAAAGUAACAUGCUGCCAACAUUUGUUUCGCAUUCACAAUAUCGGCCUAAAAUAGUCAUUAUUUUCAUCUAUAUGAUCAGAUCUAGCCUUGUAAACUUAAUAAAAUGCUUCAGUUAUUGUCCUGGUGCUGUAGUCCGUGUGUGUGUGUGUGUGUGUGUGUGCGCGCGCUUCGCCUUUUGAAUCAUAUUUCCACAUCUGCUGUUCUUUGUUUAUUACUGUUGAAACUUAAUGCCCAAGAUUAUUCUAGAAUGGCAAUGUGAAAUAUAUCUUCUUCUACGACAACAUUUCAGAAUUCUCAGUGCUGAAUACUGAUUCUUAUUGGUUGAUGAAUGUUCCAAGGUUUUUCGGCUACUCUCUUUAAAACAAAAGGGGAUUUUUGCAGAAAGUGCUAUAGAAUAACCAUUUUAGGUUUCAGUGAACAGUAACCAUUUGUAACUCAAAUUUUAACCAAAACAACCAUU